GAGACUCUCGCGACAUCUCCCGUCCACUUACGGAGCCGGAAGUCGGGGAGAGACCUCUUUCCUCCUGCGGCCAUCGCUGCGUCGUCGCCGCCAAAAUGAAGUUCAAUCCCUUUGUGACUUCGGACCGAAGCAAGAACCGCAAACGGCAUUUCAAUGCACCUUCUCACAUUCGGAGGAAGAUCAUGUCUUCCCCUCUUUCCAAAGAGCUGAGGCAGAAGUACAAUGUUCGGUCUAUGCCCAUUCGAAAGGACGAUGAAGUUCAGGUUGUCCGAGGACACUACAAAGGCCAGCAGAUUGGCAAAGUGGUCCAAGUGUACAGGAAGAAAUACGUCAUCUACAUUGAACGAGUGCAGCGAGAAAAGGCUAAUGGCACCACCGUCCACGUGGGCAUCCACCCCAGCAAGGUGGUUAUCACCAGGCUAAAGCUGGACAAAGACCGCAAAAAGAUCCUGGAAAGGAAAGCCAAGUCUCGGCAAGUUGGAAAGGAGAAGGGCAAAUACAAGGAAGAAACGAUUGAGAAGAUGCAGGAGUAGGGGUGUGACCUCCACAUUUUUCAUUAAAGACUGCUUCAAUAGUC